AUGCCUAGCAGGAGGCUCUCCAAAACGCAAAAACAGAAAAAAUAUAAAAUAAGACGAGCGAACAACAGAAAAGCUCGCAAUAUCAGGCGUAUUAAACGCCUGUCAGAGAACACUAAUAACAAUGUUCUCAAUCUCUCAGAUUAUACUCUGUCUGAAGCUGAAACAUCUUUACUUAGCAAAGGUCUCAAAUUUAUUCCCACACCAGGGACGCAAAAUAUAAGACAGAAUUUGAUCUGUAGCUUCAAUGAACUAGCCAGGAAAAUGAGAUGCAAGAUACUCUUUCAUACAAAUGAGGAUGAUAAACAAUUGCAUCCCUUAUAUAUCAAUACGAAUUAUAAUCCCGGCAACACAACGUGCACAGCUUUAGAAAAUUAUCUCUAUGCAACCAAAAUGGAGCUAUGUAAAAUCCACUUUCACAAAUUUAGAGAUAAUUUAACAAAAAAAGAGCGGAAUGCGCUGACCAGUCUCCGAAACGAGACAAACAUUGUAAUAAAAAAGGCAGACAAAUCUACUACUGUUGUAGUUCAGAACCGCACAAAUUAUGCAGCGGAGGGACUAAGACAAUUAAAUGACGGCAUUCAUUACGCCGCAAUUCACAAAGACAGAACACAUGAAAUACACGAUCUGAUCAACAAGAUUGUAUGUGAAAUGCAAAUCAAUUCUGAAAUCGACAGUAUUACCCACAGAUUUCUGUCGCAGUCCCUUACAUUCCGCCCUGGCAGGUUAUACUUACUACCUAAAAUACAUAAAAUCUCCAUUUCUGACAUUGAAAACUUCAAAGGGGCCGAGGCCCUGCAGCGUGGAAUGAGUAUACCGGGGAGGCCAAUUAUCUCUCAAUGCGCCUCCCCUACAAUGCCUAUAGGGCACUUCAUAGACUACUUCCUUGUGCCAUUAGUACAAAAACAACACACAUAUGUCAGAGAUACCAAACACUUUAUCAGCAAAGUUGAAUCCCUGCAUUUGAAACCCGAAACCCGGCUAGUUACCUAUGAUGUAACUUCCAUGUAUACUAACAUGACAGCCACGGAACUUCUCCAAUCUGCAGCAAAAGCACUCACAAAAUUGAAACAAACUGAUGUUACAAUACCGAUCCCAGAUAUCAGUUACCUAAUCAAAUUGUUACAAAUUCUGUUAGAGAACAAUGAAUUUGAAUUUAAUGGUCACCUGUAUAAACAAAUAUUAGGAGCCAGUAUGGGGGCGGUCCCGUCCCCCGAAAUAUGUGACCUGCGCCUUUUUGAUAUCCUUGAAAAUAUUAUCAAAAAAUACAAUCAUAAAAACAAAAUUCUGGCCCACUUUAGAUACAGAGAUGACGGGUUUAUGGCAAUGGACGCCACAGAAAGUGAAAUACUGCAGUUUUUUGAACUUGCAAAUCAGGAGCACAAAUACCUGAAAUUUACAUACAAUAUUCACUUAAACGAGACUGUGUUUCUGGACACAAAAGUCUACAAAGGACAGAGAUUUAAACAGUCCGGAGUCUUAGACUUUGAAACUUUCAUCAAACCUACAGAAACAUUUAUGUAUCUGCAUCGCAGCAGUGCACAUCCCAAUGCUACCUUCAGAGGAUUUAUUAAGGGGGAAAUUAUCCGUCAUAAGAGGAACACCUCUGACCCACACAAAACCAAACAAUUAAUUUCACAGUUCAAGGAACGACUUAUAUCAAGGGGGUACUCGGAAUCUGAAAUAGACAGUAUUGUUUCAGAAACGCAAACAAUCAAUAGACAGGAAUUGCUAAAAAAUAGCAAGACUAAAUCUAACAGACCGCCCUCUGUGCUUGUUACCAAGUACAAUCCUGCAGUCAGAAAACUGGGGAAAAUAUUACGCAAACAUUGGAAAUUAAUUCAAAAGGAUAAACAGUGUUCUGAGUUAUUUCCUAUGCCUCCUAUCAUUGGAUACAAGCGAAAUAGAAACUUAAAUGAGCUCUUAAACUCGAACAGAUAG